AUGGAAACCGAGAAAAAGCAAAGCGAGGCCGAGUAUGAACCCGAUCUCGGUCAAGACACUGAGCGCUCUCGAUCACUGGCUGAAGAGCUAGCUGCGGAAGGAUCUAAUUUGUACGAGAAAAAAUGCAUUCUCAUUAAUCGAGAGAUUGAUUCAAUGGGCAUGGGGAGGUACCAGUGGUACUUAUGGGCGCUCUGCGGUCUAGGAUACUGGAUCGACUUGAUGUGGGCUCAGGCAUUUGGGCUAGUGUUAAGUCCAUUGCAGCAGGAACUUGGAUUUGGUGAUGACCAGACUGGAAACCUAAGUACAGCGUUCUCGAGUGGUCUUACUGCUGGAGCAUUUGUCUGGGGAGUAUUAGUCGACAUUAUCGGCCGGCAAUGGGCAUUCAACCUCACAGUAUUCAUAGCCUCUAUAUUCGGUCUUUGUCUCGGUAUCCCUGAUUCCUACGAUUCCAUUCUAGUUCUCACAGCCUUCGUUGGGUUCGGAGUCGGCGGUAACAUUCCCAUCGACACGACCAUCACUUUAGAGUUUACGCCUCAAAAUCGACGCUAUCUUCUACCACUGUUAUCUAUCUUCCAACCAAUCGGUGUGGUUAUUUGCAGUGUCAUUGCAUACGGCUUCAUCCCCAACUACUCUUGCGCGCCCAAUUUCUCCGAACCCAACUCGCUUCCAGCCUGCAGCAAGGCCCAGCCAGGACAAGAUUGCUGCACCAAAGCGAGCAACAUGGGUUGGCGGUAUCUGUUGUUCUGUCUCGGAGCAAUCACUUUGUUCGUGUUCUUUUUGCGUUUUGUCGUCUUUCGGUUCCAAGAGUCACCGAAGUUCCUCGUCUACCGCGGGCGAGAUGAGAAAGCCGUUCAGGUGCUCCAGUACGUUGCGAAGAUGAACAAGAGGGCAUGCAAUAUAACUUUAGAAGACUUCGAGGCUCUAGAGAAGGAGCAUAAUUCUUUGGCUAGCUCAACGCCUGUACUGGGCGGAGGAGCAAAGCAGCUGCAGGCAACAUGGAGCGAGAAGAUCAAGCUAGAACUCGUCCGCUUCAAGAUUCUAUUCAGCAGCCCCCAGAUGGCGAGACUUACAAUCCUCGUCUGGCUUACCUAUAUUUGUGAUUACUGGGGUUUCACCGUUGCUGGCACCUACCUCCCCCAAAUCAUCGCCCUCAAGAACGGCGCCCUCAACCUCUCCCUCCGCUACACCUACCGCUCCUACAUCUACAUCUACCUGCCCGGCACGCUCGGCGUCCUCCUCGGCACCCUCCUCUACCGCACACCCUUCAUCGGUCGAAAAUGGGCCAUGGUAAUCUCUUCCGCGCUAAUGGGAACCUCCAUCUUCGUCUUCAGCACCGUCAAUUCCGCCGCCUCCAACAUCGGCCUCAACGUCAUGGAAUACUUCUUCCAAUCCAUGUUCAAUGCUAUCUUGUACGGCUGGACACCCGAGGCCUUCCCGGCUCCGAUCAGGGGCACGGCGUGCGGUAUUGCGAGUUUCUGGGGGAGGUUGUUUGGUAUUGUGAGUCCGCUUAUUGCGCAGCAUCUUUAUGCACAGGGCGAGGGUAAGGAUAUUAAUAGUGUGCUGUAUCUUGCGGGAGGAGUUACGCUUGGGUGCGUGUUUACGACGGCGUUUCUACCGGGUAAGCUUGUUGGAAGGCAGAGUUUGUAG